CAGUUGCUGUGGUUUCUCUGUAGUCUCUGGAUCGUGUGUGUGUGUGAGUGUGUGUGAAGCUCCUGUGUCUCAGGUCGGCUGCCAAAUAUGAGUUUUGAAGAGUACUAUGACGAGGGAAUGGUUGAGCCGUGUAACACAACAACAGUUGAGGAUGUGCAGCAUGUCCUUGGCUUGUAUGUCCACUCUAUCAUCGUCGUGCUAGGGUUGCUAGGCAACCUGCUGGUCAUUGUCACGUACGCCUUCUACAAGAAGACCAAGUCCAUGACUGAUGUGUACCUGCUGAAUGUGGCAGUGGCGGACGUCCUCUUUGUGGUGGUGUUGCCACUUAUCAUCUACAACGAGCAGAAUAACUGGGCAAUGGGGGACGUUGCCUGCAAGAUUCUGCGAGGUGCCUACAGCCUCAACCUGUACAGUGGGCUACUUCUGUUAGGCUGCAUCAGCGGCGACCGCUACCUCGCCAUCGUCUGUGCUAGCAGUUCGCGAUACCUCCGCUCCCGCACGCUUGUCUACAGCCAUGCCAUUUGCCUUGUCGUCUGGGUGAUGGCUCUUCUGCUCUCCCUGCCCACAAUCAUCUACUCACAACUGUAUUAUUACAAUCCCGAAACAUUGAUGGUAGAUCUGACCAACAGCACUGUGACCAUCCCACCACUAGGGGGUAACCUUAGCCCUCACAAUGCUUCCACAGAAAUGGAUCCAGAUAUGUGGUCAUGGGAAGAGGAUGAAUUUGCGGAACCGCCGCAGGAGUGUAUUCUUGUCUUUGAUGAGACGCAAGUCGUCAUGAAGAUUCUGAUUCCAAGCCUCCAGAUGGCGAUAGGGUUCCUGCUGCCUCUGAUGGUCAUGGUCUUCUGUUACACCUGUGUCAUCCUCACUCUGCUCAAGGCGCGCAACUUCCAGAGGCACAGGGCGGUGCGGGUGGUGCUGAUGGUGAUGCUGGUGUUCAUACUCUGCCACCUGCCCUACAACCUCACACUAUUGGUGUACACCAUCACGUUGUGGGACCAGAAGGAGUGCAGUGCUGAGAUCUCCCUCCAAAUGGGGCUGCACAUCACUCAGACUCUGGCCUAUCUGCACUGCUGCCUCAACCCCUUCCUGUACGCCUUUGUGGGUGUGCGGUUCCGCAGCCACUUCUGGAAGGUUCUGCAGGACCUGUGGUGUGUGGGGAAGGACUACAUAAGGGCGCGACGCCCAUCUUCCCGCCUCACCUCAGAGGUCUGCCUGUCGACGCGCAGGUCAGUUGACGUUUCCAACACAGAAAACGGCACCUCCUUCACCAUGUGACCCCAACUAGGUCCUCAUAGGAUUGCAAGUGGACUUAUUACCACGUCCCACACUCCAACUCAAACUGUUUCACCAUUUUUACCACACCAUUUUGUUAUUAUAACCCCACCCACUUCCAUUGAAACCAUAACCCCAUCCCUCAUCAUUAUAACCAAUCCCCCAUCAUUAACUGGUAAACACCUUCACGAUGUGACUUGAUUUAGUUAAGCAUUGCAAUCUCACAGUGACUUUGACUGCGACACAAACUCCUUUCCCUUCUCAUUUGCUGUGUGACUCUCCCCCUCUCCCUUCCAUUAUAACCACAGCCCCCACCUCUUCGACCUCACCCACCAGUCUGACACAUCAUUCACCACCAUAGCCUCCAUCAUAAUUAUAGCCACACCUUUGACCACUAUAACCCCACCCUUUCAUACAGUAACCACAUCCCACAUUUAUGUCUUCUGUCAUUCAACAUUACAACCACACCAUUUCAUCAUUAUAACCCCUCCUUUCAACAUUACAACCACACCAUUUCAUCAUUAUAACCCCUCCUUUCAACAUUACAACCACACCCAUUCAUCAUUAUAACCCCUCCUUUCAACAUUACAACCACACCCAUUCAUCAUUAUAACCCCUCCUUUCAACAUUACAACCACACCCACUCCAUUUAGGCUUAACACACCUUUUGCCAAUACAGAUCCUAGGCAGUUACCUUUUUAACGUGAAUAUCCAAUGCCUGGCCAAUGUUUUAACCUUUUUAGUUAAGAUAGGACUUAAUGGUCACUAAGUAUUUUAGACACGUUCUCAUCUCAUCUUCUUUUCGUUUAUUUUUGCAGAGUUCUCAUUUUGUAUAUUUAUUUUAUUUCUUAUUACUUGCUGUGAAAGUUAUCUGUGUGUUGGGUCACAUCUUGCUGGUGAAUCCCUCUCCUGCUUCAGAAGUUGCUUUCGCUAUUUCACAUCAGCUGCCUAAAGUGCUCUUAGAACUAGAUAUGGACUUUCCGACUGCGACACCCUGAGAGUUUUAUGAAUAUAAGUCAUUUUUGAUCUAAGGCUGAGUAAAAUGUAAGUAGUUUUUGAUCCAAGGCUGAGUAAAAUGUGCUGAGAAUGUAAUUCAACAGUUAUGUGCGCAACUAAAUAAAAUGUAUUUCCUUUCAGGCUGCGAGGUAGUGUUGUGUGGUGUGUGUGUGUGUGUGUGUG